GGAUCAUAACAGGAAAAGAGUAGGAAAAGAUUGUAACCCCUCAAUAUUAUAAUGAAGGAUAUUAAAGAAGAAGGAUGGGAGAGAACAAGAGUGCGUCCUUCAGUGUUCUUAAGUCCUUCCAUUUCUCUGUCACACAUGAAGGUAAGUUCCAACUCGCUAAUGUGUGUUGUGGUCUUUUUUGUUCCUCUAAAGACAGUCAUGUGAAACCAAAUACUCUCCAACCUGACACAUAAAGCUGCACACACACACAGGCACUGCGCAAACCCACUGCCUCCUUCCUUCCUGACACUCCUCAGCGCUCCUAUCCCCGCCUCUCGACCUUAUCCAAAUUUUCCAGCCAACUGCUGGAACUGACUUCCGCAAUCUUGAUGGAAUAAAUCUAGCACCCCAGUCAUCCGCCCACAUUCAGCACACUCCUAGCUGAAAGGAGCCACAUUGAUUUCCUUCAGAAGGUAAGAUUUUUCAACUUCCUCAAUGAUUUAGCUCCUUUGUCUUGCUAAUUCUUGAUUUUGGGAGUAUUAAAAAAUUUAAUGCUGGGGAAUUGGAGUAAGUGUUGUAGGCUGUGCAGGUGAAAACAGAUGCCUUUAUCUUCCUGUCUUCCUCUGCGUAUAUCUGACUUUUCAAUAACAGUAAAUAAAUCUGGAAAAAAAAAAAGAUUUAUGAAACAAAUGCCUUUCUUGGAUUAUUUCCUAGCCAGAUGUGCCUAGAAUCUUAAGAUUUUGUGUGAUUUUGUCUACAUGAGCAUGAUUGAAAGUACAGAGUCCUUUGCCUGCCCUCAGUAGUAGCACCUCCGGCAGUUUUCUGCUUUUGCCCGACGGAGUAAGAGAGUUGGUUCAGGAGGUGGGGGAGAGGAGGAGUGUCUGGGGUGCUAACUUGUGCUCGCCACUCAGAAAUCUCCCAAGUUCUGCCAUUAUCCUGCAAAGUCUGCAAAGAUUACGUAAAAAGAACUAUAAAUUCAGAAUUGGGCAAGUCCUGGGACUUGCUGCUGACUGCACCCUGUUAAAAUGGAAGACUUACAAUGAAGCAGUCCAGGGCAAGAAAUGAGUCAACUUCUGAGAAGCUGUGAAUUUAUUCAUGGAGCAUUGCUUUUCACUCGACAGACUCAACAAACCUUGAUUCAGACAUCUUAUAGGAGGCAGCCACAGAGGGCUUCUUUUUUUUAUUUUUUCUUCUUCUUCUUCUUCUUUUUUUUGUCAUUGCUGGAAAAAGAAACAAAACUUCUCUACCCGCAGCAUCUGGUUGAAAUUAGGACAGUUUCCUGCCUAAGGCAGGCGGAGACGAGAAAGGAGGAAGAAGAGAAGUUAGAGUGAGGAGACAGUGAAGACAGAUAAUGGGAAAUACAAGGGACUUUAAAAAGUUCAAGGAGACAUGGAAUUAAAAUGUCUAUUUUAAUGUAACUGAAGGACCACACAUGAUUUAUUUCACCAUUCAUGUUUUUGGGAACUUGGUGAAAAUUUCUUGUACGGUUCAUUUUACCUCUCCUGGCAAGGGCUAGAAAAAAAUAUCAGAAUUAAGCAAAAAGGAAAAGAAUGCCUUGAAGAAUUAAUCAGGAAGCAAAACAGCUGGAAGUGUCUCCUUUGCGUGUUCUCUAACCCCACCCCCCACCUUGUCCAUGCCCACGCCUGCCAAGGACCCUAGAGGACACAGGUGAUUAUUGCAGAUUGUGCAAAUGUGUGUCUGAGUGCUGGUUGCACUUACCCAUCGUCAAAAUACUUGGAACCCACUGUGCCAAUAUUCCAAACAGGGCUAGUGCUUUCCUGUUACUGUUUGUUCUCACAAGUGAAAUUCACCCUCCAUUUGCUGCUUUUCUCCCAAAGCCAAGUGUCCCUCUGCUUCAUGGUGCAGAGGAAAGGGUUCUUUGGGUUCACAUAUCCUCCAAAACUACUGUGUGGUGCAUGGAUUUUCCUUUUAAGGGAGAUGAAUAUAAGUUUCUCAAAGAAGGCUGUGACUCAUGAAAGGCUAAGAGUCACUUUUCUGGAAAUACUGCCUCAGAUGUUUCCUGAUCCUUAGCAAGGUCGUGCAAUCCAAGACUCUCUCCUAAUUCUCCCCUUUUCAGGAUGUGGGGUCUCAGGAUUCUGCUGCUACCCCUUGUGAGUUUUGCUCUACAUCCUGAGGAGCUACUGGAUACGCAGUGGGAGCUAUGGAAGAAGACCCACAGCAAACAGUAUAACAGCAAGGCGGAUGAAAUCUCUCGACGCUUAAUUUGGGAAAAAAACCUAAAGCAUAUUUCCAUCCAUAACCUUGAAGCCUCUCUGGGUAUGCAUACAUACGAACUGGCCAUGAACCACUUGGGGGACAUGACCAGCGAAGAAGUGGUUCAGAAGAUGACUGGGUUCAAAGCACCCCCCUCUCGUUUGCGCAGUAAUGACACCCUUUACAUCCCUGACUGGGAAGGUAGAGCCCCAGACUCCGUGGACUAUCGGAAGAAGGGAUACGUCACUCCUGUCAAAAACCAGGGCCAGUGCGGUUCCUGUUGGGCUUUUAGCUCUGUGGGUGCCCUGGAGGGCCAGCUCAAGAAGAAAACUGGCAAACUCUUAAAUCUGAGUCCCCAGAACCUGGUGGACUGUGUGUCUGAGAAUGACGGCUGUGGAGGAGGCUACAUGACCAACGCCUUCCAGUAUGUGCAGAGGAACCGGGGCAUUGACUCAGAAGAUGCCUACCCGUACGUGGGACAGGUGAGACCACCCCACGCAGGGCUGCAGCUCAGGAGCACACCUUCUUCCCUACCUUCAUGUUUGGUGCUGAAACAGUUCCAGAAUCCUUGUUUUCUAUUACCCUAGCCUGCCCUCUUGAUUGGCUGACCUACAUCAUCUGAGGGAAUUGGAAGAGUUAGGCUACCAUGAUUCCUGUUCCCCUCUCUGCCUUAGAAUGAAGUGUUUGCAAGUCUGUAUACUCUUCCACCAAACGCUCCACUCCUUUAGCAAACCUUCAGACCCAUCACACUAUUUUUUUGAAUCAUGAGGCUCUAAUUUAAGUGGUCUCAGUGUGGGUUUGUGCAACAUUUAAGCAAUAGGGAAGA